AUGCGCACGUCAGCUGGUUUGGAGGACGAGACCAUCGAUGUACUUAUCUGGAGCUCUGAUCCGGAGCGGCUUGCCCAGCACGCCUCCGAAAUCAGCAUCCGUUCAUCGGCUCUGCAGUAUAGACGAGCCCUCAAUGCGCAAGUCCUUGGGGCGGAGAACAACGCAAACACAGGGGGAGACUUCAAUACGAGUCUGAUCCGCCUGAACGAGCAACUGACCAACAAGCUCUUUGGCCCUUCCAGCCAAGCUUUGGACGUCGAACCCGUUGAGCUCCUCCAUGUCGCCAUCCACUUCUCCUUCGUAUGCACCUUUCCUCAGCGCCCAGCUCCCUGCAUUUUUGGUGAAGCUCACGGCCUCGAGACAUGGGAUGCCUCGAUCGACGUCACCCGGACGGUCGGAUGGUUCACUACUCUCUGGCCAGUGGUCGCAGAAGUUAGCCCGUCCGAUAGUCUCAUGACGGCUGUGCUUACUGUGCGGCAGGCUCGACGGGCAAUGGAGAUGCACGGAUGGAAACAUUUUACGUCGAUAUACCACAACACCAAGCAGGAGAGAUGCAGCGCGGGGACACACCUGAUGGAGAUCACCUUCAACUACGCGGGAAAGUUCCAGCAGGUCGAGCAGGACGGUGCUGUCUUCCGCAUGGAGCCCAUGGCAAAGCAGAAUCUGUUUGAUGGGGCGGGCAAGCUAGGCCGGUGGGCCAUGCUCGAGAUCAAUUCGGUUAUUCUUAACGGCAUGUUGGAGUUUCAUGUUACCUACAGUCGGGGAACUGAUGAGGCACGUGUCCUUACUCCGUGGAUGGAUACUCUGGUCAAGUGCCUUGAAGACUUUGCGAGGGGUUAUGCUUCGAUGGUUGAUUCGGAGAGUUUUAUCCUAGAAUGA